AUGGCCGAGAGCGACUGGGACACUGUGACCGUGCUACGCAAGAAGGACCCCACGGCCGCCCAAGCCAACUCCAAGCAGGCCCUCCUGGCAGCACAGAGACAGGGAGAAUUGGAGACGUCCAAGCAAUGGGCCGCUGGUCAGAAGCAGCAGCACUCUGUCACCAAGAACACCGCCACGCUGGCCCGCGUGACCCUGGAAGUGGGCAAGGUCGUCCAGCAGGGCCAACCGAGCAAGGAGCUCACGCAGAAGGACUUGGCCACCAAAAUCAACGAGAAGCCCCAAGUCGUCACCGACUAUGAGAGCCGGCGGGCCAUCCCCAACAACCAGGUUCUGGGCAAGACUGAAAGGGCCAUUGGCCUCAAGUUGCGGGCCAAGGACAUGGGGACACCCAUUGAGAAGGGCCCAAGGGCGAAGUGA